AUGCAAAUACAUUUAUACCAGGUGCGGCGCUCAACGCCGGAGCAACAAUGCUCUCAAGUUUUCAUGUUAUUGUCGAUCUUUGAAGUUAUUCCAUCGGGGAUAAUCACAAAGCAGAUCAGGACAUUAUAUCGCCGAAUUGACACCGAAAGUAUCACAGGAGGAAAUCAGUAA